UGUAAAUGUAAACAUGGAGUCGGAAACAAAGAAUGAAAGCGGUACUGCUAUGGAUGGAAGUGUAAGUUUUUCACGUGUUACUGAUGUCGUUACAAGGUGGACGUUGGACUUCAUGUUUGUUCGUCUGUGUCGACAUUUCAAGGAAGGCAAACUUGAUGAAUUCAAUGAAACGCUUUCGACUUUAGAGGCCAUGUGUCAGGGUUCAUCUCUGAAAGGAGAGGUUCAUGAUGAAAAAAUGAUGAUAAGUGCCUUCCUUGCCAGAGUCAUGCAUGGAAAGCAAUUGGAUGUCCAGUUUGAAGAGGAUGCCCGUGUGAUGCCUCUGAUGUCUGCUGCCAAAAUCUGGCCCAACCUAGAGGACACCGUAGCAGACAAAAGCUUGUUCAAAAACGUUACCAUCCUUUUGCUUGUCCAGUCUGUGGCUGUGUGCAUGGAGAAAGGCCAGAUAUCUUCUGCCUCCUCUGCCCUCAAGUGGUUUGAGAAUAAUCACGGAUUCCCACAGAACUUAAGAGUCAAGCUUUCAACAAUAGUGACACAGAGGGAAAUAUAUCACCCAUUCCUCACGAGCUUCAGCUUCAGCCGCCUGCUGGAGACAGUACAGUCUUACUUGGAUGCCUUCUUGGAGAAGAACCCAUGUGACUACCUUCUCAAGGCAGCCACAAAGAUGCUCCAGACAUCACAGAACAUGGAGGGUUUGGAGGACGCGGAGACAGAGGACAGCUGUCCGUCAGAAACAGCCAACGUAUCAACAGAGGAUAGAAAGAGGGAGGAGAACACUGUAUGUUUGAGAACAAAACGGAAAUUACUGCCAACCAAAAUGACUGAUUUAUGGAAACCUGAUUCGUGCAAGAAGCCUUUUGUCUCUGUCAGGAGAAUCCCCAUGAGUGAAUUAUCUCAGAUGACGUCUCAGAAGUCAGUGGACACCAAAAAGAAUAAUAAAAAAACAAGAAAAGCACCUCAGAAAUGGACUUCCCAGCUGGACAAAUACCUGAAGAAAGGUGUUAAACAGCACGGCCAGGGCAAGUGGUCUCGCAUAUUAAUGGAUUAUGACUUUGAAGGACGCACUGGCACCAUGCUCAAAGACCGCUGGAGAGUUCUAAUGAGGGCAAAUGAAGUCAGCUGAGGAGGAAGUGCCUCUCAAACUCUAAAGAUGUAGCAACUUACCAGGAAGUAAAAAAUAUUGACUUAGCUGGUCCACUAAUUUAACCCUUUCCAGCCUGUAUUGCAUGUUAUUGUUGUUAUCCUGCUCUGUUUGUACCAGGAAAAUGUCACACCACCAGAGGGCACUCAACACAGAAAAAUGAAUUGGGCUGUUGCCAUUUGUGUCUAUGAUAGAGAACUUUUCAUGGUAUGUUUUUUUUUUUUUUAAUGCAUAAUCACAAUACAAAUGUAAAAUGUUUUAACAAUUUUAAGUUAAAUAUUUUUGCCAUAAAGUUGUGAAAAUUGAUAGAGUGGCUUGUUUCAUUGAAGAGAAGUAAAAUCAAUUUUGGUAGAUGCUUAUAGUCUCCUAGAAAAAGGUGAAAUACUGUACAAGUUAUAACAAUGUCUACACAGUAUGCUGCAGAGUUACACAGAACAGUGGGAAUGUACACAGUGAUUUGAAAAUGCUUUUAUCACAAUGUGUAGCAUGUUUAAUAGAGACA